UCCGGCCCAGUUCACAUAUUUUUGAAACCUUGCUCGCUCCCAUUGCGAUUUGGUGCGUCGUGCACUCAUCAACAUGACGUCUUCUUUGCCUGGCAACCGCGAUCUGCCUGUGUCGCAAUUUGACCUCAGCACCUACUGGGGUCGCGUGCGGCACUCUGCCAAUAUUUCAGACCCGAGGACGUUACUCACAUCCGCCGCUGGUCUCGAAAAUGCGAAGAAGCUCGUCACCGCCUACAAGACAGGCAAGAUGGCAGAAAUGACACCGGAGCUCUGGGACGCAAAGAAGAUAAUUGAUUCAACAAUUCACCCAGAUACGGGAAAACCAGUCUUCCUGCCCUUUCGCAUGUCCUGCUUCGUAUUGACAAACUUGGUUGUCACGGCUGGCAUGCUCACACCAGGCCUUGGGACUGCAGGAACACUCGGAUGGCAAGUGACGAACCAGUCGGUCAAUGUCGGAAUCAACUUCUCCAACGCGAACAAGUCGAUUCCUCUCUCGACCUCGACUAUUGUCAAAUCAUACCUCCUUGCUGUCAGCGCAUCCUGUGGUGUUGCUGUUGGCCUAAACGCACUAGUACCCCGCCUCAAGAGCCUAUCGCCAAAUGCAAAACUCAUCGCAGGGCGUUUGGUACCAUUCGCAGCUGUUGCUACAGCAGGUGCUCUCAACGUCUUCCUCAUGCGCGGUGAGGAGAUUAGGCAGGGCAUCGAUGUUUACCCAGCGUUGUCGGAGAUCGACAGGCAUAGGGUGGAGACUGGUGAUCUCGAGGUCAAGCCCCUAGGUAAAAGCAAGAAAGCUGCAACGCUUGCUGUGGGAGAGACGGCGCUGAGUCGAGUGCUCAAUGCUACGCCCAUCAUGGUUCUGCCGCCUCUCGUCCUUGUCCGAUUACAGAAGACAGAGUGGCUCAAGCAGAGGCCAAGAAUGGUAACUCCAAUCAACUUGGGCCUUAUUUUUACCACUUCCAUCUUUGCACUCCCGCUUGCGCUCGCUGCAUUUCCGCAACGCCAGGCCGUUAGCGCAAAAUCUUUGGAGCCUGAGUUUCAUGAGCGAGGCGGCAAGGAUGGAUUAGUGGAGUUUAACCGUGGGAUAUGAUGGACCGGCACCACCCAUCGACGAAAGGACACGCUAUCAUCUUUACUCGACCGGGCCCAUGACGUCUAGGCAUUGACGAUGCAAGUCAUUCAAUGCAUGCUUAUGUAGAGCACAACUGAAGACAGAGUGCAGCCCCAGAUCGCGAGCUCAACAGCGUCGCUGAUAUACAAUGCGGCGAAGACAUGCUUCCUGGCGAUGUGAUUGGCUUAGCUGGAGUAAGCAUAGGAUCUCGAAAGCCGCCACAUCGAGUGCUCGACCUUGUAGACGAAGAUAAGACCACAUAUGUCUUUUUGCAAAAUGAUCUAGGCAGCCGUUAAAUUAGCC